GGGAAACUUCCCCGAGCUCCCGCCUGCUCCUAUAAGAGGAGAACCCCAGAAAGCGGUUCACUUCGUCGUCGUGGGUAUGGCCAUUCUUCAGCAGGCAGGAGGAGAAGGCGAAGAAGACCCAGAAAGUUCUGUUUCCUGGGCUAGCGGGCGACGGAUGCCAAAGCGAAGACUGGCGGCCACGCUUCCUUGCCUUCAACGCCGAGGCAUGCCCGCCAAAAUCGGCUCCCUAGCCUAGACCCGCGGCGGGGCAUUUGCUCGGCUGACGCGUCGUCCUGACCCGCGCUCUGGAGGCUCUUGGCGUACAGCGCGAGGCUUCUCUAGCGAGGCGCAGCGGAGGAGAAUGCAAGGCGGAGGUACAGCCACGCUGGCUUGCGCGUCCGCUCGGCUCUGGCCAAGACACCACAAGACUCAUGUCUCAAAUGGAAUACCCUUGGCUACUUCAAAGAUUUUUCAUUGCUGACCUUUGGCCCUCUGCUGAAGUUGUUGUUGUUAUUAGGAUGAUGAAGCUUUUCAACAAAAAUAUUCUCAAAGUGGUUUACAUAGAAAACAGCAACACAAGAAGACGAUCCCCUGCCGUCAUGAGGCUCACAGCCUGAAAAUAAAAACAAAAUGGGCUCUUACUUUGUGAAUGCAACAUUUCACUCUAAAAUAACCGAAGCAGCUGAUAUUGUUGUUGGAGUAUUCUAUAUCGUAUUUGGCAUAUGCUCCUUUUGUGGGAACAGUAUCCUCCUCUAUGUUUCCUACAAGAAAAAGAAUAUGUUAAAACCAGCAGAAUACUUCAUGAUCAACCUGGCCAUCAGUGAUCUUGGUAUGACUCUGACCUUGUAUCCUCUAGCUGUUACAUCCAGCCUUUCACACAGGUGGUUAUUUGGUCAACGAGUUUGCUUGUUCUAUGCAUUUUGUGGAGUAUUUUUUGGAAUCUGCAGUCUGUCUACACUAACAUUACUGAGUACUGUGUGCUGUCUAAAAAUUUGUUUCCCAGUUUAUGGGAAUAGAUUUAGGCGAGAACACUGGUGGAUCUUGAUAGCCUGCACCUGGGUCUAUGCAGCCAUUUUUGCCUUUUCCCCACUUGCUCACUGGGGAGAAUAUGGAGCCGAGCCUUAUGGUACAGCAUGUUGCAUUGACUGGCGCUCAUCAAACAUAAACAGGACAGCCAUGUCUUAUACUGUAGUCCUCUUUGUUUUCUGUUUUAUAAUCCCCUGUGGCGUAAUUGUUACCUCCUACACUCUUAUUCUGAUUACCGUGAAAGAAUCCAGAAAAGCAGUGGAACAACAUGUCUUGGGACCCACCAGGAUGAGCAGUGUGCAGGCUAUCACAGCCAAGCUAAGCAUUGCUGUAUGCAUUGGAUUUUUUGCUGCCUGGAGCCCAUAUGCUGUCAUUGCUAUGUGGGCAGCCUUUGGAUCAAUAGAGAGGAUUCCUCCACUAGCCUUUGCUGUGCCAGCUGUAUUUGCGAAGUCUUCAACAAUCUAUAACCCAGUUAUGUACCUUGUUCUUAAGCCCAAUUUCCGAAGCAUCAUUGCCAAAGAUUUUGCGGUUCUCCAGCAAUUGUGCAUCAAGACUUGCUUUUGUCUCAGACCUGUGCAGAACUGUAGUUAUAGGUCAGCUCUUGAGGUCAACUUGAAAUCAUUUAAAGGACGAAAUGAGUCUAGCAGUAACUCUGUGCAGACGGUGGAAGGAUGUUCUUAUUUUCCUUGUGAAAAGUGCAACGAUACUUUUGAAUGCUUUAAGAACUACCCGAAGUGCUGCCAGGAGAGAUUAAAUCCUGUGGAGCAUAUUCCUCCAGAAAGCAUAUGCUUGGAAAAUAGCACUCAGUCAAAUACAAGACAUGCCUCUGAAAAAUCUAUAAAGGUGGUUGUCCGAGGAGAAAAAAGCACAGAAAUGGAUAACUUGGAAGUAAUGUUAGAAACCAUUCCUACGGACGCUAGAUUAAGCAACCUCUAGGGUAUCCUCUCUAAUAAAAGGCUUAGUGUCCGUCCGUGGACAACCAAGCGUCUGUCCGUGCCUCCCUCGGCUGUUCUGGGCAUGCGUGGAGCGCAUGCCCAGAACAGGCUGAUGCAGAAACGGAGACAGGCACCAGGCAGCCAUCUUGGUCACUUCGCCCAGCUGCGGAAAGGCCAGAAGCGGCCGCCGCGAAGCCGGGGAGGAGGCGGCGGGGACAAUUGGCCGUCAGAAACAAAAAAAGGGAACAGGCGGCCAUGUUGGGCGGCCAGAAGCAGCCACCUCAAAGAAGUGAAGCCUGGCCGAGGUGGCGGCAACAAGGACUUGCGGCUGUGAGACCUUGGGGCCCUUGCCUGGCCCCAAAAUUGCCUUUGCCCUUGCCCCACAUGUUUCCCGCCGACCGCUCUCCCGCCCUCCCAGCUGCCCGAAUUCUCCUUCCCCGCACCCCCCCUGCAAAUGAUUAAGAGCCAAAAUGGCCCAUGAGAAUGCCUCCGCGGCCGCCGCCACAGCCGACGACCGCCCUCCCGCCCACCCAGCUGCCCGAGCCCUCCUUACCCGGUGCAGCCCGCAACAG